AUGCCCGGGAGCGUCCGAGAGUGGCCCGCGUGGCCGGAAUACACCGACAAGGAUGCCAUUGAACCGAAAGACCCCGACUUUCUUGACACGAAGAGGGCAAUCAUAUCCCGGUAUGGUGCCGAAGCGUUGACAGAAAGCUGGCUUCGAGUCUGUGAACAGCUCAAGGCUGUCACUGAUGAGAUAGUCGACAAGGGUCGUGGUGUUAUUCCAGUCUUCGACGCCCAAACGGUCCUCGACAAGGGCUUUACAGGAGCUGAAAGGGACGAGGUGAAGAGAGUAGGCACAUUUGUCAUUCGUGGGGUUAUACCUAAGACCGAAACAACUCAACACUACGCAGACCUUAAACGCUACGCUGCCGAAAACAAACAGAGGAUCCAGGGAUGGCCAAAGGAGACUCCCUCGAUGCUGAUGCUGUAUGACUCUCCGACCCAGAACGCCGUCAGAUCACACCCAAAUCACCUUCAGCUUCAACGCCUCCUGAAUGAGCUCUGGCAUGACGAAAGCGGUAAAGACGCAUCGCCAGACCCUUUAGUGUACUAUGAUGGAGUACGGGACAGACCUCCGCGACAAGAAUUUCUCGGACUAGGGCCACACAUUGAUUCCGGAAGCCUAGCUCGAUGGGCAGAUACGGCAUACAGAGAGGUAUACGGCAACAUAUUUUCCGGCAAGCCUGAGCUACACGAUCCCUACGACCUUAGCUUGAGAAAAGUCGCGAACCAAGAGUUGUAUCCAGGCAUUGCUCAUUCAUCGGUCUUCCGCUCUUUUCAGGGUUGGACUGCCCUGACACGAACUGCCCCAAACGAGGGAACACUCCUCGUCUACCCCAACGUGGCUACUGUCGUUGCAUACAUGCUGCUGAGACCAUUCUUCGGGUCUCCUGUCGACUCUGCGGAUGUAAUGGACGCGACCAAGUGGACUCUUGACGAGUCCGGCUUCUUCCCUGGGACGUUCAAGACCCAGAGCCAGCGGCUUAGUCGUUCGUCGCAUCCUCACCUGAGACUGGAGGAGUGUCUGAUCCAUGUACCGAAGAUGGAGCCGGGCGACACUGUUUGGUGGCAUGCUGAUGUCUGCCAUGCAGUCGAUCCGGUGCACGAGGGAUCAGAGAAUGCAUCUGUGUUGUACAUCGCCGCAUGCCCCACGACUGCAAACAACAAGACAUAUGUGAAGAAGCAGUUGUCCGAAACUCUUGCUGGAAAACCGCCGCCAGACCAACAAGAAGGAAAUGACUUGGACGAAACAACACUUAAGGGAUACGCGGGACUGAAAGAUUUAAGUGCAGAAGCAAAGCGCGCCUUUGGUUUUGGGUUGUGA